AAAACACAGGGUCCUCGGUUGAAGGACCACGCGGAGAUGUAAACAGAAAAAAAAUAUGUAUGCCAGCGUUAAUUAACCUACAAUCAUCGAUUUUAGUCGAAUAAACUUUGUUCCAACGUGCAGUUCAUCACGACACGAUGUCAGAGGAUAAUGAACUAGAAAAGCGUGCAGUAGAGGAGCUCCUAAAGGAGACUGACAGGGCUCGAGUGAGAGCAGAGACCAUGGGCCCUGCAGGAUGGUUAAAGUGUCCCCUGCAGAGCACCAACAAGCGCUUCCUCCUCAACACCCUGCGCUCCACCGGCCUGCAGCGACGCCCCAGUGAGUCAAGAGACAGACACCCCCCCACGAGAGGGCGCCGGAGCAGCGAGUCCCCAGACAGAAGCCGCGACCGCAGCAGAACACCUCCCAGAGAUCACAGAAGUAAUGGAGGCCACGCAGACCAUAAACAUCAUCACAGAGACAGCUGCAAUAACAAAGAUAAGAAGCAAGAGAGGAGUUACAGGCACAAAGACAACAGGGAGCGGAGACAUGGGAGGGAUGACCAGAACAGAGACAAAGACAGACUUCAUAAAUAAAGACUUUUGUCUGGGGGAGGAACACUGAUUUUACAGAAGCCACUCCCUGUCCAUGCAGCAGAGAGGUGGACACUCCUGAAACUGCUCUCUGACAAGCUAACACACCUUACAGAACUGCUAGCAAACGGAGAGACCUGUCCUGUCCCCUAUCUGAGAAGACGUUCAUUUAAGUUCAUUUAAGUUUGUGCUGAUUGAGGAUGUUCUUACAUUGUAGUUUCCUGACAGUUCACUUUUGAAUUAACAACAAUUUUGUAGUUGGUUAGCUAUAUGUGUUGCUCAUUAAACCAGUAGCCUUUUCUUUUCUGAUUUUCUACCUACAUUGGAGUAAAUUAACUUCCAAGUGGCCAUUGUAGUCCAGGAAAUCAGGAGGACUUUUCACAGAACUUUUUAUUAGCCAACAUUUUCAUGCCCUUGCCUCUCAUAUGAUUCAUGUUUUGGUGUAAUUCUGUUUCACCUACAGUAGAAGAGAUUUGAUUUCGAUUAUAAUGACAUUACCAUUCUUAUGUCAUUAUUCACAGCCAUAAUGUUUACAUAAGCCAUGCUGCUGUCGCCACUGAGUAAGCAGUAUUUUAUCGCGUGUCCGACUUUUUGGACAUGUAUAUACCGGCUAUCAGAAACAGUUUUGUUUGCCAAAGGAGAAAACAAAUGUUGUUUUCCUGACACUCCUAUGUGUUCUGGUUAACAAGUGAUUUCCAGCAAUGGAUUAGUAGUAAUUUAAUAAGACUGUAACAACAACAAUAGCAUACAAAAUAAUAUAGUGAUUAAACUCUUACAUACAUGCAGUAUUUCCACGUGUUUUACAGGGGUUUCAGCACAACAGAUGGACGUGCUCAAGCAUAGAAAUUGCUGCUGUUUAUAUCAAUCCCAUUUGACCUGUCUCCAUGUGUGUAAGCUUUCACUUUUAUUGUUCUACACAUCGUUUUAUAAACGUGGUAACUGUCA